UUUCACAUACAAACACCCCACUUCUUUUAAUUUACUAAAAACUUUUCAUAUUUCUUCGCAACCAGAUCAACAAGAUCAGUCUACAAAUUAGUAAGGGUUUGUAGUUCUCACUUGAGGAAGCAAAUCACCAUUCGAAAACGAUGAUCGGGGCAGGGAAGAUGAAGCAAUACACAAAUGUUCUCGAUAAACCCCUUAGUAAAGGCAGACAAGAGGUGAGUUUAAGUGGAUUUGCUUACUUGUUUUCAGAGCUUGUUCAGUAUAAUCAGACUCAGGUUGACAACAUUGGGGAGCUAGAAAGGAGAUUGGAGGACGCGGGCUAUGCCGUUGGAGUACGAGUUUUGGAACUGCUGUGCCACAGGGAAAAGGGUAACAGAAGGGAGACACGUUUGUUGGGCAUUUUGUCCUUCGUACAUAGCACCGUAUGGAAGGUGCUUUUUGGAAAGGUAGCCGACUCACUUGAGAAAGGUACAGAACAUGAAGAUGAAUAUAUGAUUAGUGAAAAGGAGCUUCUCGUCAACAGAUUUAUUUCAGUGCCGAAAGACAUGGGGUCGUUCAACUGUGGUGCUUUUGUUGCUGGGAUAGUAAGGGGUGUUUUAGACAAUGCAGGAUUCCCGGCUGUCGUGACUGCUCAUUUUGUUCCGGUGGACGGUCAACAACGACCUCGAACAACUAUUUUGAUAAAGUUUGCUGAGGAGGUACUUCGAAGAGAAGCAAGGUUGGGAUGAUUUGUUGUUAUGUGUUUGUUGGCGGGCUUUGCAAUACUUAUAUACUUUAAAGAAUCAAAUUGUAACAAAGUUUAUCUAUCUACUAUUUGUAGCACCAAGAGUUACUACUCUUUUUAACAUUCAUCUUAGCAAUUGAAUGACUUUUAAAUUCUCAGGGAAGGGGAAUUGUUUUAGUA